AUGUCGUUUGUUCCAGGAUAUAGCCAAAAUAAUUCGUUUGCCGGAAUGCACGGAAGCGAAAAAUAUAAUAAACUAUCGGCUGAAGAGGCCAGCAGAAAAAUGCACUUAGAAGAGUCCAAAAUAAAGAAAUAUAAGAAGUUAUGCGAUAUUGUCUUAGAAGGUAACAGAAGAAGAAUUUAUAACGAAAAAUAUUACAACUUAGUUACAGAAUUGCUUGACUGGAAUUUCGAGUUGUACACAGUUUGGAACUAUCGAAAAGUAUUGAUUCUAAAAUUUCUGUUCAAGGGAUUGAAAGAAAAUGAUUUAAAGGAAAAACACCAAAUCUUCACUGAAGAGCUCCAUUUUGUUUUGGAUAAAUUAAGGAAAUCUCCCAAAUCAUAUUGGAUUUGGAAUCACAGAAUUUGGUGUUUGAAACUUGAUAAGCUGAGCGACUGGAACAUCGAGAUAGGACUGACAAACAAGUUUCUACAAGCAGAUCAGAGGAAUUUUCAUGUCUGGGCAUACAGAAGGUUUAUAAUUGAUUCGAUGAAGAAAGAUGACAGGGUUGAACAGAGUAGCGAAGCGAUUGAUUUUGAUGAAUUCAAGUUCACCACAAAAAUGAUCAAUAAAGAUAUUUCAAAUUACUCUGCUUGGCACAAUAGAAGUAAGCUUGUGAUUAAGCUAUUUACAAAUUCUCCAAGUUUAGAACAUAUUAGCACAGACGAAGAUCCUAAAAUGUUGGAAUACUUGAGAUUUUUCAAUGGCAGUAAUCAAUUCUUGUUCUUAAAAAAAGAGUUGGACUUGAUAAAAACCGCUAUAUAUACAGACCCCGACGAUUCAUCAGUUUGGUUUUAUAUGAAGUGGUUAUUCAGUGAUUAUUUUCUCACAAAUAUUGAUAUGCAAGACAUGAUUAAUUUAAUAAAAGAUACUGUGAAUGCAGUGAAGGAGUUGAAUGAGUUUGAGCUUGAUGACAAUGAAGCCGAAAAUAAGUGGUGUCUAAUUUUUGUUGCUUAUUUGUAUAAAAGGCUCCAUUCGAUCAGUAAAAACGAAGUAGACUUGGAGGAAUUUGAAAGUAUUUUACAAAGAUUAGAAAAGCUUGACCCAAUGAGAAGAAGCAGAUAUAAGGAGUUCCAUAUGUGA